AUGAUCAUAAGGCUCUUGAAAUGCUUUAGAUGGCUUUCGGGAUCGGAAUCCCCUUUGAAGCAUGUGAAAGAGGGCGUUGAGAAUCAUUUUGGGGGAGCAGCUUGCUCCAUUUUGGCGGUGAAAGUCUCGAAGUCGGUUAUUCACAAGCUUCUCAAUGUCUGCCGCACACAUGGUUGGUCGGUCACGUUGAUGACCUUUACGAUUUGGGUGAGGCUGAUUAACUUCCUCGUUGGUUUGCAAGGGUCUACCUUCUCGGUUGUGCUGCCUAGGCGGCGUGUUUGUGGACUAUGCUUGCGAUGGAUUUUCUGUAACUUGGCGAUGAGAAUUGGUUCUUCUAGAGCGGUCAGUGGAGUGCCUUUCUUCAUGGUCCUCAUUAUGCGGGCGAGCGUGGAUGGCAAGUUGUGGGCCCAACCUAUCUCAUGCUUGCGACUUGUCGGCAAGCUAAUUGCAUUGUUGUCCAUCUCCUUGUCUGCUUACUCCUACUUGACCUGCUUGGUUCCCAUUGAACUGCCUAUCGGUGUGCUUGUCCAUCAUUCUCUCUUCGCCCUGUUGUUCAAGGCUAAGGAUGAGAGAAAUGUGUGGAGCCCAAUUGCACACGGGCUAGGGUUUCAUUGGAGGUGUAUGCAGGAGCGUGCGUCAAGCGUGGAGGCAAUGGAGGGAAUGCUUGAAGUUGCUCCAAGACCGAGCCUAAGUCGCCAGUGGUAG